AUGGCACAUGGAAAUGGAAAUUACUCCAUAAAUGGUAUAAGAGAUAAAAAUGGUGAUUUGGAUGCUGAUGCACCGAAUCCAGUCAAUGUCAAUCCUCAGUUCAUGGGUGAUUAUCCACAACCAAAAUUAAGAACUUCGAAAAUUCCUGAUAUAGAACCAUCUGCUGAAUCCAAUACUGAAUCAUCUGCAAAUCCUCAUCCACCUAAACCUCCUGAAACUUCAUUAGGACCUUAUUUUCAAUUUAUCUCUACUGAUUUAAAUAAAAUGUUGUGGAUAGGUAGUGUAUUAAUCUGUCGACAUAUUUCAUUCGAUCAACCGAAAAUCGAAUUUAUUUCUGAUGUAAAAGUCAAUUAUGAAUGGGAAAUAUUAUAUGAAAAUAUUUUUGACUUGCGUGCUUAUCGCAUCAAUCUUUUCAUUGAAUUACGUCCUGGUGAAGGUAAUGAUCAAAUUAUUUGGAAAAUUGAUUGGGGUAAUGAAAAAACCGAUGGUUUAUUUCUUAUCGCUCGUCGUGAUCAAAAAUGGCGUGGAGGUUUCUUCUCUUGUAAUGGAUUUGAUGCUUAUGUUCCGAAACAAGUGGCAUCGGAUUUGACCUAUUCUAAUGUUUGGAAACAUCUUCUGUCCGUGCAUGAAGAAACUCCAUUACAUUUAUUACUGUGGGGAGGUGAUCAAAAUUAUAUUGAUUUUAUUUUUGAAGAUGUUCCAUUUCUUCGUGCUUGGAUCAAUAUGGAAUGGAAUCAAAAAUGGACGACUGAUUUUCGAGAUGAUCUAAAAGAACAAGUUGAACAAUAUCAUUUUAAUACUUAUGCACAAAAUUGGGAUCGUCGUGCCGAAGUGAAAAGAGCUCUAACAUCGAUUCCUAGUCUAAUGAUGUGGGAUGAUCAUGAUAUUUUUGAUGGAGCAGGAUCUUAUCCUCCUUUACUUCAUGAUAGUCCAGUUAUGAUGGGAUUAUUUCAUGCAGCACAGAAAAUGCGACUUCUUUUUCAACAUCAUACUACACCAGAGAAAGCUCGACAGCAUCAUUUAUUUGGACAUGAAGGAUAUAAUUUUUUCGCUCGUUGUGGUCCACAUUUAGCGAUCAUUGGCGCUGAUGGACGAACUGAACGUAACACACAAACUGUUCAACAUGAAACGACAUGGGAUAUGAUUUUCAAUAAACUUGAGAAUGAUCUUGAAGAGGUCGAACAUCUAAUCGUUUUAUUUCCUGUUCCAUUUUCAUUUAUUCGUGUUCAUAUUGCUGAAUCGAUUUUCGAACGUUUAAAAAAACUUCCGAAUAAAAGUCGACAUGUUCCACUUAUCCGAAAAACAAAUUCAAUCUUCGAUUUACCUGAACUUUACGAUGAUCUUCUUGAUGAAUGGACUCAUGCAGAUCAUAUUGAUGAGCGAAAUCGUGCUCUUCUUCGUUUUCAAAAAAUUGCCGAAGAGAAAAAAGUUCGAAUCACUUAUUUUAGUGGUGAUGUGCAUUGUUGUGGUAUUAGUCGAUUUCAAACGAAAGGAUCUCAUCCACCAUUACCAAUCAAUGAUGCUAAGUUAAUGUAUCAGAUUAUUUCAUCUGCUAUUGUCAAUAUGCCUCCAUCGAAAAUGGCCAUUCGCGUUGCUCAUCAUUUCAAAUCUAAAUGGAAUCCAAUCGAUAAUACUGAAGAAGAAGUGAUUGAUUUUUUUGAAAGAGGACCAGAAAAUGGAAGAAAAGUUUUUCAUAAAAAGUUUCGUCCUAAUCGCAAUUGGUGCUAUUUCGAACAGUGUUCAAAUAUCCUGAUGUCCGCUGUCACUAUUGUUCAAACGCGAUGCCUUCAUUGCUUUCCAUGUAAAGAGAAUCUUGCUGUACCAACCAGUUUAGGUCCAACCUCUAAUCAAAAAGGUCAUGGUAGUCAACAACCUCCAAUUCAUGACCAUUCUAAUGGAGAAUUGUGUCAUCAGAUUAUUCAAAUGGACAAACGACAGAUUGGAAGUCAUGAUUUGAGAGUUCGAUUAUGAGGAAUAUUAUCUCGAUCAUUUUUUUCAUGUGCUAAUUGUCAAAAAUUAGUACGUGAUAAUUGUUCAAUUCAAACACAUUUUAGUCAAAAUAUUGUAUCAUUAUGUAAUAUUUGUAGUGAAAAUCGUCAAUUAUGGAAAAAAUCAGCUGCAUGGUUUUUUCGUUCUUUACCUAAACCUUCGAAUGUUACCUUUGAUAUUAAUUCCUCUUCAUCAUUUCUAUCAUCACAAUAUAUUAAAACAAGAGAUGCUCAAUCGAUAUCUGAUCGAUCAAGUUCAGAUGAUGAUGAUGAUUCGAUUACAGAUCGAUUUAAUAAAAAAUUGAUAUCAAAUAAUAAAAGUUUAAAUCAAUUUAAACAAUUAAAUGAUAAUCAAGAUGAAAUAAAUAAAUGUGACGAUGAUGAUAAAAGAAUUUAUUCAUUUAAAACUAAUAAACUAACUUCAAAAGAAGAUUCAAUUGAUGAAUAUUUAUCAAAAUGUGAAUUAGCUAAAUCAUCAAAAGAUUCUCAUAUAAGAUUAUUACCAAUAAAUGAAGAUUGUGGACUUGGCAGAUUAGAUUUUGAAAUUGUUUGGAAACAAUCUGAAUAUAAAUUAAUAAUAAGAUUAUUACGAUUAGACAAACUUCGAUCAAAUAAUCAAAAUCAAUAUUCUCAUAUUUAUCUUAAAUUAAAUCUUCUACCAGCUAUUCACAAAUCAACUGAAUUAGAAAGUGGUAUGAUUGGUAAAAGAAUAAAUGGUGAUAUCAAUGAAAUACUUGUUUAUGAUGGUGUAUCAUUAGAUGAUUGUGAAAAUGAUGAAGAUAUAAAUGAACGUGGAAAAAUUUUAAUUAGUCUUAUGUUUUCAAAUGAAACAUCAAAUUUUCAUGUCAAAAUAAAACGUGCUUGUUAUUUAUUGCCAAUUGAUAUUGAUCGUAAAUCAAAUCCUUAUUAUCAAUUAUGUUUAUUUUUCUUUGCUCAUUUAUCGAACAAAUUAAAUUUUAAAACAGAUAUUAAAAAACAAACUUUGAAUCCACAAUUUAAUCAAGAAUUUAUUUAUAAAAAUAUUCAAUUAAAAAAAUUAAUUAAAAAAACAUUACAAAUAACUGUUUAUGAUAAAGAUUUGGGGAAAAAAGACAAUUUUAUUGGUAACUAG